AUGGGUUCCAAGUACUUGUCAAAUAAAAACACAAUUGUAUGGGUCCCUGCCCCGCAAAAAAACGGCUCACCCUACAAAAAGGACCUAGCAGAUCUGGCCGUAGAAACAGCGUGCUAUAUCCUGUUUGAAGCUGAAAAGGGUUGGCGCCCUUCUCAGCAGGUUAAAAAUGGCGUCCCAUAA